GCUGCUGAAAACAGUGCCUGUAGCCUGCGUGGAGAAACAGUAUUUUGGGUUUUUGUACAGAUGUUUCAAGAGUCCAGGAUUCAUGGGCAGCCAGUGAUUGGGAAUCCUCAAACACACUCUAGAGUGUGAAUUCAAGAGAGGUGAAUUCCGAGUUCAGAAUCUGGGAGUGGAGAGGUGCUGAAGUCCACCAUCAUGAGUGCUUGUGAGCUGGGCACACACACCAUCAUACUACCUCCUACACAGACCCCUCUUCUACCAGGACAGGGAGCCAAAUUAAUUAGUAUCUAUCACUGCAGGAAAUAGUGGCUUGGAAAUGGACAUGCUCAAGGACCUUGCGUCCCUGCAGUUUGAGUAUGGGGUUCCAGAGGAAGAUCGCAUCUGGCUGUAUUUGCAGGGCCGUUCUCGGGGACUGAUGAUCGAGGCUUGUGCCCAUGCAACCUUCUUCUGCAAACUGUUAUAUAAUUUGAGAGCAUCUUUAAAUGAGAAUCAAAAUUCCAGACAACUCUCAAUUGUAUCACUCAAUGCAGCCACUACUGAAGAGUUAAAGGUGGGCAUCAUUGGAGGAGGCCACCUUGGGAAGCAGCUGGCUCACACACUGCUGCAGCUCGUCCCCAUCCCUGCUGAAAGUCUGCGGAUCUCCACUCGGAGGCCAGAGACUCUGGGUGAGCUCCAGAAGCUGAAAAUCAAGUGCUUUUACCAAAAUGCUAAUCUGGUGAGUUGGGCCGAUGUGAUAUUCCUCUGCUGCUUGCCAUCUCAGCUGCCUAAUAUCUGCUUAGAAAUUCAAACCAGCCUUUCAAAGACCAGCAUUGUGUACAGCUUUGUAGCUGCCAUCCCGCUACCCAGGUUGAAACUACUGCUGAGCCACACCAAUAUCUUGCGGCCUCAGUAUUGGUAUGGGGAAGAUUCUGUCAACAUCUGGGGGGCCAAUAAGGAAAUCAUCGCUGCUCUCCAAGAUCCUACAAUUCUUCAAGCUACCUGUCCCUACAGUCCUGCUGGGGGAAUAAUCCUCAAUAUCAAGUGGUUGGAGGGAGUGUUCUAUGCGGUCCUAAACAUAUGCACGGCAAGAAACAUGGCCCACUCCCAAGUGCUGCAGCGUCUGAGUGACCUCUUUCUCUCCAUGCACUUUGAAGACUGUGGGAAAGACGCAGCAUCUUGCCCAAAGUUUCAAUUAACAGAUUUUGUCAGCAAAGCCUAUGGCAAGAACUUGUCUCAGGAAAGGCCUUUCCCCUGGUUUGAUCUGACCGCUGUGCAACUCAGGGAAACUCCCUUUAGCCAGCAUCUCUCAAGCAAUCCUCUUCUCCAGGACCACCUUACCCAUCUAUACUGCGAUGCAUUUGGCAUCUCCCUAACCAACGAGCAGCCAGUCAUUUCCACAGGCUUUCCCUCCCAAUGAGAGAACUCGGGAAUCAGGAUUUUUUCCCACUCCCAGAUUUUCUCUACAAUGGUUGUGCCCUGAUUAUCACAGUUGACAGUGGGAGUCUUGUGACUGUAUUGUGUUUGCCACAUGAUAGAGAUCAGGAAUUAUAUAACUGUACUGAUGACUCUUUAAAAUGUAGAAUAAAACAAGUACUCCUAUCCAUCAA